AUGGUUUGUUUUAGCGUAUUGUUGCAUCUGUUUUGGAGCCCGUGUGUAGCAGCGUCUUCAAUAAUUCGAGGUGUUGCUCCGGAUGAACAACACCUAUACCAGCCUAUCGAAGGCAGUGGGGGUAAAUGGCAUUGUUUGAACGACAGUUCGAUUGUAUUGGAUUUCGAUCAGAUUAAUGAUGACUAUUGCGACUGUCCAGAUGGUUCUGAUGAGCGUGGUACCAGUGCUUGCGGGGCCCAGUCUAGGUUCUACUGUCAAAACGAAGGGUUUGCUCCCAGAUAUGUGAUGGGUUACAAGGUUAAUGAUGGGCUCUGUGAUUGUUGUGACUGUUCCGAUGAGUAUCUGCAUUCAAAGUUUGCGCAGAGUGCCAGCUGCAACGCUUUGGCAGCAGAUUUCGAUGGUCUUUUGAAGGAAGAGUUGGGCAUGUUCGAGGCAGGACAACGUCUCUUUCGGGAAAUGAUUACGAACCACCAGAUUAAUGGAGUGAAAGACCGUGCAUCGAUGGAAAGGACUGCUGAUCAGCUUUCCAAAGAGUUAGUUGCGUUGGAAAAGAAAAUCGAGGAACACAAUCUGCUGCUUCAGGACGUUAUAGAGGCGUACAACAACAAAUUGUUGGAUGAGAACCCCAUUAUGCAGGAAUACAACCAAUUAAAUAUGGAUUAUGUGCUUGAUACCAUUAAAGAGUCCUUUAUAAAAAUCCAAGGCAUAUCAAAUGCUUACAAGGAGCUGAACGAUAUCAUGUCUGCAUUGGUUCAGGACUACAAUCCACGACUAAAUGACAGAGUUGUGAAUAGCAAUGUGAAGAAGUACCUAGACUAUUUCGAACAGGUUGAAGAUAGAAAUUUUAACCCGCAACUGGAUGAAGUUCAACGUGAUCAACUAGUAAACUAUUUUGGUGUUGAAUUCCCCGAAAUAUUUGCGGAAAGAAGCAGUGAUCUAGUUGCAAAAGAUAUCAUAGGAAAAUAUUAUGUGGCAAGAGCAAUGGUUAUUACCAAAUUCGAAACACAGGAUAGUAUUCUAGAGAGUAUUAAGCACAUCUCAGAUAUAUUGCAGGAUAUCGUGGCUAAUUACAACGUUAAUUAUCAAGAUUUGGCUGUGAAAGCAGCUGGGGCGAAGUACAAAGAGUUCCUGGAACAAUAUCAAGAUUCUUUAAAACCUCUUGUUAUGCCCGAAGAAAUGGAUCAAGAAUUGAUUCACAUAGGAAAAUUUGUCGUUAAGCAUGCAGAAAAUGUGGGCAACGACCGAAACGAAGUAGGCAACGGUUUUUGGGAUGCUUUGGCCAACAUCAGGGAGAUGGUAUUCCACAGCCCUGAUUCUAGCAUAUUGAAGGAGCAGAUCGAAGCUCUAGGAACUACUUUGGAUAAUUUUAAAGACAAGGAAGCCGCGGUUAGAGAAAAUUUGACCCACAUUCAGCAGACAUUGGCUUACCAUUCUGAAGGCACCAGUAGCGCUUUGAAAGAGCAGCUUUCUGCGAUAUUAAACCAACUAGAGGAUUUCUGCAUUACUGAUAGAAUUGAUGAAUACCUAUAUAGAAUAUGUUUGAAUCCGCAAGGCGGAACAAUCCUGCAAGCUCAAGAAAGCAACAACAAGGUUGUGUUGAUCGGUACAUUUGAGGAUUUUGAUUUGGACAAAGAUCACGCCGUAGAAAUAUACCUCAACCGCUUGAGAACUUUUUACUCUGAAAAUGAUCUUAUCGAGCAUUUAAAAAAUGAUGCCCAAGACGGCAACGGUGAACAACUGUUGAUCGGUAAUCUUCCAGAUAUGAACAACGGUCUAUUGGUUGAUUUUACCAAUGGUGAAAAGUGCUGGAAUGGCCCCAAAAGAUCAGCACAGGUGUUCAUCAGAUGCGGAAAUGAGUAUAAAAUCACCAGCGUACAUGAACCCACGAAAUGCAACUAUUUCUUCGAGGUGACUGCUCCGUUGGGUUGCAACCUGGGUUUUGUUUACAAGCCCCCCUCUUGGAAGUCCAUGAAGCCAGGUUUAAAUUAA